UAUUAAAAUAGCUGCAUGCGCGGCUAUAUUUUAAGUAUGCGAAGAAAUUUGAAAUGUUGGUAUUAUUGUUGAAUAAUAAGCACUUUGACCGGUAGGUGGCCUCAUUGAACCACUAUGUAAAUAAUUUCGGGGCCAACGUAGGAUUUCACUAGAACUGUAAAAAAAAAUAAUGCACAUCCUCUUAUAGACUUACAUUAUGGGUCGUUGUCCAGUAGGAGAGGCGUGCGAUUUUCACCUAAAUGUAAUCGCUUGACAUUUGGCUAAAUUAGCAAACACAGCUGCACGUAAAACUCUUGCAGCGUAAAACUCUUUAAAGUAUUUGCAGUGAUGUUGGGAUGUCUUUCCUUACCUGUUGAGGACAUGCAUGUCUGGAUAUUUUGCUUCUCCGAGAAAUGCAAAUCGUUUUACUUUUUACGCCCGUCAGUAUGAAAGGAUCAGUUCAGACGAGUGCAGCUCAUAUGCGCUCAGGGAAAGACAACGGGAAAGAUCGCAUCUGAAGGUGGAAGAAUAGCGGCUCUUUAAUAGUUUCCCCCGCGGUGCCUCUCUCGAGUCCGUCAACUGUGCAACUCGGAUGCUGGGUGUCGGGGAAGAGCAAGCAGGGCACUGGGGCGCACCACGUAGGACUAACGCUGUCUUCCUUGAUUUAAUUAAUUCUAGCAGAAAUCAUAUCGGAGUCUGCUGCUUAAAAUAAAACCAGACCCCGAGGGAAAGCGAUCCGUGCACUCCGCCUCCCUUUAUCACACAGAAGAGCCCGAUUCCUUCUCCGCAAAUGGGGUCGCAGAUAACUUUGAGGGGAAAACGAUCCUGCUUAGAAGUCAUUUUAAAUAUAUAUAAAUAAUGAGUUUACAUGCGAGAUGAUCGGUCUUUCAAAGACUUAUGCCAGUGUGCUUUUUCGGAAUGGCUGAAGAGAAAAUAAUAACAAAUGAAAAAUGAAGACUAAAUAAUUUUAAAAACAGAAAGGGGCAGUCAUUGCUCCCCCGGGAAUACUAUAAUUUUGAGAGGACUAAUUGGCCGUUUUCCUCCUUGUUUUAAAAGCUGACAGCAAAAGCUGGGAUGGAUAUCGAGCGGUGAUAGAGGCUCCUGCUUGAUGGUCAUUAGAAUCGGCGGAUCGGGAAACACAGCAUUGAUGUCAUCAGUACGUCAUUUCCAUAAACUUACGGAUGAUAGUCCACGUGGCGUGCAGUCUAGUCUGUUGCCUAACCCUCCAUAAUCAUCCUCCUUAUAACUAGACUGUUCAGAAAUCCUGGGUGAAAAUAUGAGGUGAUUCCUGCUGCCAGGACGUGAAAGGAUGGAUAGUAACCACACGACGGUCCUUGACGGUGGUGCAGCAGAGAGAGACUCCCCAGCUCGCGUUCUGACUGGAUGCUUCCUGGCUUUGCUUAUCCUGUCCACGCUCCUGGGCAACACCUUGGUCUGUGCGGCUGUCACAAAGUUCCGCCACCUCCGCUCCAAAGUCACCAACUUCUUCGUCAUCUCGCUGGCCGUCUCGGACCUGCUGGUGGCCAUUCUCGUGAUGCCUUGGAAAGCCAUCAGUGAAAUAGCGGGCUUUUGGCCGUUUGGUUCCUUCUGCAAUAUCUGGGUCGCGUUCGACAUCAUGUGCUCCACUGCCUCUAUAUUGAACUUGUGCAUCAUCAGCGUCGAUAGGUAUUGGGCGAUAUCCAGCCCGUUCCGCUAUGAGCGAAAGAUGACACCUAGGGUAGCUUUUGUGAUGAUCAGUGUUGCUUGGACCCUGUCUGUCCUCAUCUCCUUCAUUCCCGUCCAGCUGAAUUGGCACAAGGCUCCAGCUGGCAGCUAUUCGGAGCUCAACUAUUCCUACGGGGCUCUCUUCACAGACAACUGUGACUCCAGUCUGAACAGGACGUACGCCAUUUCAUCCUCUCUCAUCAGCUUCUACAUUCCUGUCGCCAUCAUGAUAGUCACCUACACCCGGAUAUACAGAAUCGCCCAGAAGCAGAUCAGGAGGAUCUCAGCCCUGGAAAGAGCAGCAGAGUGUGCCAAGAACCGGCAUAACAGCAUGGGGGACAGCUCCAACGUGGAGCCGGAGAGCUCCUUCAAGAUGUCCUUCAAAAGAGAAACCAAAGUGCUGAAGACCUUGUCGGUGAUAAUGGGGGUGUUCGUAUGCUGCUGGUUGCCCUUCUUCAUCCUGAACUGCAUGGUGCCCUUCUGUGACAAUCACCUUCCCAGCAUAAGAGCGGACUUUCCCUGCAUCAGCUCAACAACCUUCGACGUCUUCGUCUGGUUUGGCUGGGCCAACUCGUCCCUGAACCCCAUCAUAUAUGCCUUCAACGCGGACUUCCGCAAAGCCUUCUCUAUCCUGCUGAGCUGCCAUAGACUGUGUCCCGUCAGCAGUGCCAUAGAGAUCGUGAGCAUCAACAAUAAUGAAGCCCCUGAGUCAUCUUAUCACUAUCAGCCCAAGGGGUACGUCCCCAAAGCGGGCAGCGUCAUGUAUGUGAUUCCCCACAGCAUCCUCUGUCAGGACGAGGAGCUGCCGAGGAAGACCGACGAGUUUGCGGUUAGGGCUCUGCGGAAACUCUCCCCAGCCGUGUCGGGGAACUUGGAUAGUGAAGCUGAAGUUUCUUUGGAAAAGAUUAACCCCAUAACUCAGAAUGGACAGCAGACUACAUGAGGAAGGCUGUGUCGAGUAAGAAACACAAUCUUAUCUGAAAAAAAUGCUAAAUGAAUGGACUAAAAUCAGUUAAUGUACAAGUGGUUUGAAAGUUCGAUUUGCCAGAAAAAAAAAACAGAUCCUCAUCAAACACUCCAUGUUGUGUUGCAAACUAUGAAAUGUAGAAUGUUGUGAGAAGCACUUUAUCCUGUAUCUGCAAAACACUUUCAAAACACUUCAAAUAAAUGCAUUAAUAUUUAGUGUAUCUAUUUGAAUAAGUGACAAAGUCAAAUGCAACUUGAAAAAUAACAGCGCAUGUGUAAAGUUACAUUUCUAAGACAUUUAUAACCCAUUUAUCAUUGGGUAACUAUAACAAUGUAGCAAAUUACUUAAGCUGUUGUAGAGAACUUAAUACUUUAUGCUCAUUUAUAUUCUACAAUUCACUUUUCACGCUAAUAUAUCAGCCUUAAGGCUGAAUAAUUUGUUAUGUUUCUGUGCACUAUGGUUAUUCGCUUUAUUUAUGUAUCAGAAUUCUGUUUAAAUUAUUUGCCAGUUAUUUACCUAAAACCUGUGUCAGUUUCCACAUAAAGUCACGGUUACGGAUGUUUCAAUUAUUGCAGUUUCUUUCAAAGCCAUGCAGCUCUUUGUAAAAUAAUCCUUUUUGUAAAAAAAGGAUUCGGGGGGUGGAACUGCGGCAAUACUUUGAAAGAAUUUAUUUAUGAUUAAAUUACAUUUUGUUUGUGACCUAGCUUGCAAGCUGAGGAUGAGAACCUCUUAAAACCUCUCAGAAAUAUCCCAUAAACAGAUAAUUAAAUGAAAAAAGGGGACUGCGCAGUUUUGUGGAUAUGACGUUUUGAUAGGCUUUCUACCAGAAAUCCUCAUGUCAUUUGGUCACAUGUUCGGUAUCAGUACUGUGACGAGGAAGAAAUCUCCAAAAUGAAUAAUUACAGUAUGUGUGACAUAAACACGAGGCUUUCAUAUGGAGUGAUGCUGACCUCUAAAUGAUUAAAUGAUCCAUAUCUUUCACCGCCAAAGCUUUAUAAUGCUUUAAUGUGGUGACCCACAAUGGCUUGGGGUGGGUGUGCUCUGCGGUUUAGCCAGUGCAGCUGGAAGCAUAAUGUCCUUGUGUCCCAUGUUACUAUAAAGGUGAUGGCAUGGAAGCAUUUAGGAUUCCCUGACCCUUCCAUCCAUGUAGAGGGAUUUUUAAGAGAAGAAAAAUGUGACUUAAAUAUUGUAUUUUAUGUAUCUGGGUGUCAGGGGAAAUACUGAGAAUCUAUAAAUGUGUUACACCUCCCCCCUCCCCCAGCGUUGUGAAUUUGGGAUGUUAUACUGUAUGUGAUGUUGUAGAAUUAGCAGUCAAAUAAAGAAAGGAGCGCAUGAAAGAGACCUUUAAUGAAAUCGCCAUUAAAACACCCGGUCAAAGGUCAGUCUUAUUAGGCUGAGUGCCAAUUAGCAGCAUGUGUGCCAGUUCCAAAAGAGGUCAAACGAUCUGAUGUGUUUCCAAAGCGACACAAGGCAGCUAACAAAGACCCAAAGAGUCAGACUCAAAACCGCAGGUCGCUCUGUCACAGAAACUCCUUAACUAUUAGCGAUGUCCUAAACCAUCUGAAAAGGAGUCGAAACUCGCCGACGGUGAGAGACAGAUACUUAAGCUGACAGACUGAACACCAUAAAAAUACAACAUGGAAAGUCACCACACAAAUGAAUCCGCACCUCUGUGACCCGAGUCUCUAUGAGAUCUACAUGUCAGGAGCUUCAUGAAGCUGUUGGCUUCCUGCAUCCCAGGCCAGAGGCCAAAGACAUCUCAUCUGGGGCAGAGAGCACACAUGCGGACCCCUGAACCACUCACGUGGUCUCAGUCAUUUUUCACAUUUUCAGCAUCUGGACGGGUUUUCCUCUGUGGUAAGCUGAAGGAUACUCCCAGCCCACAAAGCCUGCUGGUUCUGUGGGAUUCCCAGUGCUGUCCUGGGAUUGGUACUUCCCAGAAGGAGGGAGGUUCUCUGAAGGCAAAGCGUGGUCCUUCUCUUUGGAUCACCGUGUGUUCUUUGUUAUUUUGCCCACUGCAAAUGUUAACUAAAAAAUAUCAACCUAAGUUAACUGCAUGAUACAGGUGUGAGGACGGGACCUAAACAUCAGAGCUUCUCUGCAUUGUCUUGACUUGUAUAAUGCUUAUGAAGUCCCUUGUUAAACAGAAGCACGUGUUUGCAAAAGAAUGUUCAUCAAACCAUGAAAGGUUAAAACGCCUACAGAAUGCCGGAAAUGAUUAAUCCUCUUGUUUGCAGAAGGUAACCAGACUGUGCUUCUGCAUUACUGUGUAUUGUUUCACCUUUUCACAUUAAUAAUAUACUGGGAAAAACAAUCCAGUACUUGUUCAUAUGGGGAAGGCACAUAUUUCACAUAUUUAUUACUUUCUGAUAAAUGUAUUGUAAUCCGUAAGCGAGAAUUCAUCUUUCUCGUCUGUUCAGGAGCUCAUUAGCGCUCUUGGCGUUUCGGUUUCUUCAGUUUCGUUUCUCUCCUUUUUUGUCGAGGCCAAGGCUGCAGUUUUCUGUCAGACUCUUGGUCCUGAAACGAGCGUCAGCAUGAUGGUUACUGUGCUUCCGAUAAAGUAUCCUGUCUGCUCUGCUGUUCUCUGGGGCGCCUGUAGUUUUCAGGGAAGGUAAAUCGAUUAUGAUUUCCAGCAACAUUGUCGCCAUUCUGGAUUACAGGGAACUGGCUCCGUUGGCAUAUUAAGGCUAGAUUCUGCAAUGCCAAUCUUACACCUUCUCGGGUUAUAAUUGCUACAGCUGUACUUUAGAAAUGUAACGCGUCGUAGGUCGGGCAUCUUGUAUGACCUCAACUUCCAAAGUAUCAUUUAAUUACUGCUUUUAUUUACAUGUAAAGUGUUGAUGGGCAGACUAGUGCUUAGUGUCUGGUCCUCCUUAAAUAAACACAGUGUGUAGCACUUGUGUUUCUUAAUCGUGGGUUUGUUUACAGCCCUGUUUGCAAUAAAGGGUACAGAAAAGCCAACUGGGACAGAUGUUAUUUGAACUGUAACAAUAUCUAAUCUAAAGUUGUACAAUUGUGCCC